GCCAUGGCAGACGUGAGAGAAGAGGAGGUGCAGUUGAUAGGAUUAUGGUACAGCCCGUUCGCGAUGAGGGUGAAGCUUGCGCUCAGCCUGAAAGGAGUGGAGUACCAGAACCUGGAGGAGCAGAACACGUGGGACAAAAGCGAGCUGCUUCUGAAAAGCAACCCAAUAUACAAGAAGAGCCCGGUUCUUUUCCACAGGGGCCAUCCAGUAUGCGAAUCCAUGAUCAUUGUGCAGUACAUAGACGAAGAAUGGCGGUUGCAGGGAAAACCAAUUCUUCCGGCCGGCCAUGUCGAACGCGCAGAGGCUCGUUUCUGGGUUUACUAUGUUGACGACAAGCUGUACCCUUCCCUAAGAAAUCACGUGGCCGCAACAGCGCAGGAAGACAAGGAGAAAGCGGCAGCAGAAGCGGCGGCGGCUCUUCAUCCACUAGAGAAAGCUUUUGAGACCGCAAGUAAAGGCAAACCAUUCUUCGGAGGCGAUGAUAUCGGCUUCAUCGACAUAGCCCUGGGCUGCUUCUUGCCCUGGAUAAGAGCACUGCAGAAAUUGGACGGCAUCCAGAUUCUGAGCGAUAACACUUUCCCCAAUCUCUCAACUUGGGCGCAGAAUUUCAGCGCUCAUGAUGCGGCAAAGGUGGUGCUGCCGGACAAUGAUAAGAUGCCUGAAGUCAUUCGUACUUUUCGUGCCCUGUUUUCGGCGGCUUGAGUUCUGAGAGUGCAGCCCCAAGAAGCUUCGAUUCGAAGCUGCAGGGAAGGUGAUGUGUUUUGUGUGUUGUCUUUGGAGUCUGGUUCUGUUUUGUGAUCAUUUCAUGGAGAAAUAAUGUAUUCUGUAAUGACUCUGCGUUUCUAUUCAAGUUUUG